AUGCGUUUCAAUAACAACCUCCUCUUGCUCGCUUCCUUCCUCGGCGUCGCAACCGCUUUCCGUCGAAGAUGCAACCCCGACCUGGCUACCCAGAGAACCGGCAUCGGCUCUUACACGUGGGCAUCCUCCGACAACUGGACUGUUGUCGCGGCGGACUUUUGUAGCUCUGUAAAAGAGUUGCAAGAGAUGAACGCUGGGCCUACGGUUGAAGAAGGAAACGUUCUCAGAGUUCCUUGCCGAUAUCGAAAGCGCGACUGCGCGAGGAUCCAAGGCAGUGAUAAUGGGUACUAUACGGUCGUCGAUAGCGACGAUUUGUCGCUUAUUGCGGCGGAUUUCUGCACAACCGACGAUGGUUUAAAGUCCUUGAAUAGCGACCUUCUUGCGAACAACACCAUCACGCUCACGCCUGGCUUGAUCGUUCAAGUUCCUUGCACCUGGAACUAG